AUGUCCCACACGUCGUCGCCGGGGCUCAAGUCGGUGAUCACGCGAUUGGACUCAUCGCCGGUGCGGCGCCGACGAGUGAUGGCGCCGACACCGUUGGUCUACGCGAUGGCCGCCGCGAAAGUUGGCCGCCAAUCGUCGGCCGAAGACGACUACGAGAAGACGUCGAUCGCCGCCUCGUCGGUGAUCACCACCAGUACUGUCCACAGCUAUCGACAGCCCGUACCGCAGCUGCGGUCGCCCACUAAGUCACACCAUUCCGCCAGUCGUCGGAUUAGUGGCGGCGCCAACAGUGGCAGUAGUAUUAGCGGCGGAACCAAUAGUACAAGACAUCAUCGGCGAGACUCCGGCGAUGGCAACAAAGCGGGCAAUAAUUAUCACACAAUCAAUGGUGAGAUGACGGCCGCCAGUGAUAACACGUCGGUGUCGAUGACCAACACAACCAACCCGACGAUGUCGUUGUCCUCAUCCAACUCGUCGGUGACUAUCGGCGCGACGACAGCGACAGCGCAGCCGAAGAUCACCGCCGAAGACCAGACAUCGCCGGAGAAACAGUGCAAUAGAUUUGGUUUCUUUGUCGACUCCAGUAAAACAGAUGUCGUGCCUGAACUCAAAAAGCAAGACAUCGAUCUGAUCCGCAAACGCGAGAAGAAAUGGAUCCAAAUGCUGGACAAAUGGGACAAAUACAUGAACAACCGGUGGAAGACAGUGCGCGACCGGUGCCGGAAGGGUAUACCGCACUCGAUGCGCGGCCAGGCGUGGCUAUACCUGUGCGGCGGUCACCACCAGAUCCGUCUCCACCCGAACGCCUACCGCGAUCUGUGCGCACAGGAGGGCAACGAACAGAUCGUGGAUGAGAUACGCAAAGACAUUCACCGCCAGUUUCCCAACCACGAGCUGUUUGCGCAGCCGUUGGGCACCGGGCAGACGGACCUGUUGAACGUGUUGAAGGCGUUCUCCAUACUCAAGCCCGACAUCGGCUACUGUCAGGGUCAGGCGCCCAUCGCGUCCGUGCUGUUGAUGCAUAUGCCGGCCGAACAGGCCUUCUGGUCACUGGUGGCCAUUUGCGACCACUAUUUGCCCGGAUAUUUCUCGCCCGGUCUCGAGGCUAUCCAAUUGCACGGCGAUAUGUUGUUCGCCUUUCUCAAGAGGUUUGCCCCCAACCCCCACCGGCUCAUGGACAAGCAAAAGAUCGAGCCCAUUUUAUUCAUGACCGAGUGGUUCAUGUGUGUGUUCGCCCGGACACUGCCCUGGACUUCGGUGCUCAGGGUUUGGGAUAUGUUUCUCUGCGAAGGUAUCAAAAUAGUGUUCAAAUGUGCGAUAGUGUUGGUGUCGGUGACCCUCAAGAGCGACACCAAAAAGACGUGUCCCUCGAUGUACGAGACGCUGGAAAAGUUGCGACACCUCUCAGUAUAUCACAUGUCGGAGCCAUUGAUGGUCGAGAGUAUACUCCGGUGCGAACUCCACGACCAGGACCUCCAACGCGAGCACAACAUACAGGAGAAGAAGCGGCGCCAGAAGGCCGUCCAGAAGGCCUCGACAUCGCCCAAGUCGGCGAUGGCUAAGACUAAUGGCAAACGAAAAUAAUGGGAUUAACUAUUACUUCUUGUGAACACUGGGAUCAACUGUUUGUGAUGAUUGUUGAC